UGGCAACACUGAUCAUUUGUGUCAUUUUGACAUUCUGUUCUGAUAAGACAAGACCAGAGAUAAUAAUAUAAUUGUUCAUACUGUAUUAUUUUUGUUGUAAACUUUAAAGAAUUAAAAAUGUUGGGAAACCUUAAAGAUUUUAUAACUGUAGUGCAAGACGGACUAGCAUCGAACAACAACAUACGCCAAACGUUACAAGAAGUACAAAAAGUGACGAACAUUUUUAAAGAUAAACAAAAAGUACAUAACGAAAGUAAAGUAAACUACGGCGCAGGAGGGGAUUUGUUAGAAAAAUAUCAGAAAGACUGGGCUGAGUUACAUGCUAACGCUGAUAAUAACGCUAAAGCAGCUGAUCAAGCGGACAAAUUGAUAAUGGAACUCCUAGAAAUCGCUAACAUGCGCUUUCAAAGUGCUCAUGAAAUGGUACAAACUUUGUCUCACUUGCCGAGUUUGACUGUGGCCGUGGCGCAGUGCAUGGAUAGCGUGAGGAACGUCCACAGCCUGCUUAAGACUGUUGAGGAGGAGUUAGUGGAGUUCGAAGACAUUGUCGAGAGAAAUAAAAUGGAGAAAUGGAAGUUAGAUCAUCAUUAUCAUUUGACUUUGUACAAGGAGAAGAAAAUGGCGGCUCUAGAGAACACUCGCAGCAAAUUAGCCAAGGAACAAAAAAGACAGUCCUAUGAGCAAGAAAAGAGGCAGCUAGCAGAGUUGCAGAGAAAAAGAGAACAGAGCUCUAAUGCUUUUCAACAGGAUGUUGUGAAGUAUUUGAAUGACGGAAGUGUGCGUAUAGGACCUCCUCCAACGCCGAAUCUAACUUUGGAGCAAGUCCAGUUGGACGAAGACAGAACUGACUUGGACAAGUUUCUGGACAGUUGACCUAGGCGUUGCCUUAUACAGAGCCUGUACCAACGUGUUGAAAUUAAUAAUGUUAUUUAUUUUCCAAAGCUAUUAUACUGUUGA